AUGAACAUGCUUCGGGUGGACGGAUCGGCAAAAUUUGUGCAGCCGACGUUGAGACCCACUUACUGUUUCUUCGCGAAAUGCGAUUUUUGUGAGCCGGAGGCUAAUUUCGACGAUCCGUUGGCGUUUUUGGAUCACUUACGCGGCAAACAUUCGGCCCGAGAAGGCGGAUCCUACACGUGUCGUUAUGGCAGGACCGGGCUAUGCCCAGGGCUUCCCGCAGAAGGAGUGAAUGACAUUGACUAUGAGGCUCAUCUCGGCCGCGCUCAUUUGGCUCCGUUGAUCGGGCAGCAAAAGUCGAUGGAGGCCAAGCUCUUGGCAUUGAGAAGAAUGUAUUUUGGAAACAUCAACGAA